CCAUUUGAUGACCGGGCAUAGUUCUUAGGGGUUCUCUCUGCCCGUAGCCUGCUCCCUAUAUGGCAACUGCAUUGUCUGGGAGAGGACCCUGUGCAGCCGGGGUAUUGUUGCUGUGGCUCCUCUUCGCGCUGUGCGCACCUUCCCUCGUGCAACGACGUCAUCUUGCGCCGUCUGGCAAAUGUUUAAAAGUGUUUGCCGCCGAUCCACUCUUGCCCUAGUUGCUGCCUGUUUGCGAGCAUGGAUCCGGCUACCACUAAGAGAGCCGCUCCCAAGUCAGCUAAUGGUUCUGCCCCUUCUGAGGAACCCGGCAGGAAGAAGGAUAGACUGGAGGAGAAGUGCUGUAAGGCUUGCCAUAAGCCAGCCAUGAAAGAUAAAGGAAUCUGUGGGGAUUAUUUUUCUGAAUACAUGUCUAAGGAGCUGGAUGCCUCUACCUCUAAGGAGCCCCUGCAGGAGUCAGCCACUCCAUCUACCUCUGUUGCAUUUCCAUACAAGCAGUCCUUGAUGCUUUGGAUUAAUAGUGCAGUGUCACAAACUCUUAAAGAGACAGUACUUUCUACUGCAGAUUUGUCCAUUUCUAAUAAAGAAUCCUCUAUUCAGGAAAUUUCAUCCGAAGAUCUCUCUUCAUCUGACGACGAGGAGACAGGGGAGGAAGUCUCAGUGUUUGAUCAGAAGCAUCUGCAUUUUCUUAUGAGAGCUAUUAAGCGCACCCUUAAUGUGGAGGAUACUGAGCAACCAACCACUUCUAUUCUUUUUUCUAAAAAGAAGAAAACAGUGUUUCCUAUUCACAAGGAGGUACAAGAUUUGGUCCGGGAGGAAUGGACCAAGGUGUCUAAAAGCAUUCCAGUGGAGAAGCAUGUAGAGAAGUUAUAUCCCUUCUCAGAUGAUAUGCAGGAGAUCUGGAAUACUCCCCCUUCAGUGGAUGCUCCAGUAGCAAGGCUGUCUAGGAAAACAGCUCUGCCGAUAGAUGACGUCUCGGCUUUGAAGCAUCCUAUGGAUCGCCGCAUAGAGACAGAGUUGAAAAAAUGUUACAUGUCAUCUGGUGCAGCUGUAAGCCUGCUGUUGCUUUGGUGUCAGUUACUAAGGAUCUUUCUCUAUGGGCUGAAAAUCUGGAACAAGCCAUUAAGGAUAGAGUUUCUAGUGAAGAAAUCCUAG